AUGACUACAGAGUUGAUGUCUGAUCAUCCAUCGGUUAGUUCGUCUGUAUCCCAGGUGACUCCAGUGCAGAGGCCGACCACAAGCACAAGUCUGGAUGAUCAAUACAGCUUUCCAGCAAGUGCAAUUGAGGGAGGACGAAAAAUCUCUCGCACGGUUUUACAUGUUGGUGGGCUGCACAAAUCUGUGACCAAAAUUACCCUAAGGGAGCUCUUUCUGCCCGUAGGUUCUCCUAUACUGUGCAUCAAGCUUUUCAAUGAUAAAAAUAAAUCUGGAUUUCAUUACUCUUUUAUCGAAUUUGGUUCACAUUCAUCCGCUGAAAGUGUAUUAAAGUCCUUUGAUGGGACCCUUGUGGCCGGCUCUCCAAUCAAAGUUUCAUGGGCGUUCCAAACGCAGCGCUCAAAAUCCAGCAACUUCCACGAUCUAUAUGUUGGGGACUUAUCGCCAGACGUGAAUGAUGAGAUGCUUGGUCGGUUUUUUAAUAACUACAGAUCUUUUGUUCAAGCAAAUGUGAUGUGGGACAUGAAAUCAGGCAGAUCGCGAGGGUAUGGAUUUGUAUCAUUCCAGGAUUUUCAAGAUGCACAAAAGUGUCUACAUGAGAUGAAUGGAGUUAUGCUUGGAGGACGGCCAAUAAGACUAAACACAGCAAGCCGCAAAACAGAUCAUCAUCAGCCUUCAUCCCACUACAUGCUCUCUAUGCACUCUGAGUUUUCAACCAUACAACCACAUCCCCUGAACAUCCCUUCCAUUAUUCCUACACAACUUUAUGACAUAAUAUACCACCAGACCCCUUCUUGGAACAGCACGAUUUACCUUGGAAAUCUAGUAGGAUACGUGACACAAGAGGGCCUUGUUUCUUUACUGCAGAAAUUUGGCUACAUCAUUGACUUUAAACUGUGUACCGAAAGAAGAUGUGCCUUCAUAAAAUUUGACCGUCAUGAGCAUGCUGCUGAAGCAAUUUUGCGGCUGAAUGGAAUGGUCAUGAACGGCACACAACUUAAGUGCAGCUGGGGUAAACAACAUGGUUUGAUUACCCGGGCCAAUCAUGAUUAA